AUGACCAAUAUCAACGAUGGUCGGAUUUAUAAAGGAAGUGAUUGCGCGAGCGUACACACGCUAGUCCAGGGAUGGGGGACCCUCUCUCUGGAGGCCAUUGUACACAGUGGUCUUUUGUAUAGUCUAUUCCAAGACUACAAAGACAGUGUGGACUUUGUAAUGGUUUACAUACUUGAGGCUCAUCCUAAAGGAGGCGCAGAAAGAGGACCCGAUUACAGUGUUCUAUGUCAACAUGAAACCUUGGAAGACAGGAUCAAAGCUGCAACUAUGCUUAUUGACCUUGAUGUAGAAUAUCACACAUUCACUGCAGAUAUUAGAAGCCAGACUCAAAUUCCACUGGUAUUGGACACAAUCGACAAUGUAUUCACGUCUACAUUCGCCGCUGCUCCCGAUAGAGCGUAUGUCGUUGAAAACAACAGCAUAGCAUACCUAGGUAGACCGAUUGUGCAGCAAAUUAUGACAGAAAUUGAUAUGGCUGUAGAGUUGAGAGAAUUUUUUGAAAAGAAAAGCUAUCAAAAAAAGAAUGACGCUUAG